AGGAUGAUCAGGUAGAGAGAGAUCAGACAGUAUGAUCGGGGGGUUGUUUAUCUACAAUCACAAGGGGGAGAUCCUUAUCUCCAGGAUCUACAGAGACGACAUCGCGAGAAAUGCGGUGGACGCGUUCAGAGUAAACGUUAUCCACGCUCGAUCACAGAUAAGAUCACCUGUAACUAACAUAGCCCGUACCUCUUUCUUCCACCUCAAGAAAUCUAAUAUCUGGAUCACUGCUGUUACUAGACAGAACGUAAACGCAGCUAUGGUAUUUGAGAUGCUCCACAAAACCUUAGCUCUGAUGACAAGUUACUUUGGUAAAGUCAGUGAGGAGGCUAUUAAAAGUAACUUCGUCUUGAUCUACGAACUUUUAGACGAAAUUCUGGACUUUGGGUACCCUCAGAAAACAGACAGCGGAAUCUUAAAAACCUUCAUCACUCAACAAGGAAUCAAGACUACGAGUGCGGAAGAACAGACGAAGAUAACGAACCAAGUGACAGGUCAGAUAGGGUGGAGGCGGGAAGGAAUCAAAUACCGGAGAAAUGAACUGUUCCUGGAUGUACUGGAGAAUGUGAACCUCCUUAUGAACGCUCAGGGUAAAGUUCUAAGUGCCCACGUUUCUGGUAGAGUCGUUAUGAGGUCGUAUCUGUCUGGUAUGCCGGAAUGCAAGUUUGGAAUGAACGAUAAGAUCAUCACAGAUACCAAAGAUAAGGAGACUACAAGCGAUGUAGUUGCAAAAAAAAAGAAUGCAGGGAUAGCUAUUGACGAUUGCACAUUCCAUCAGUGUGUAAAACUAAGCAAGUUUGAAACUGAACGAAGUAUCAGUUUUAUUCCACCUGACGGUGAAUUCGAGCUUAUGAGAUACCGAACCACCAAAGACAUCAGCUUCCCGUUUAGGAUAAUUCCUCUAGUACGGGAAAUAGGGAAAACUAAAAUGGAAAUAAAAGUUGUUCUGAAAAGUAACUACAGGCCUGCCUUACUGGGACAGAAAAUAGAGGUUAAAAUACCAACGCCACAAACGACUGCUGGGGUUAAUCUAUUUUGCAACAAGGGAAGAUCGAAAUUCAAAUCGUCUGAUAACGCGGUAGUUUGGAGGAUAAAAAGAAUGGCCGGAUUAAAAGAGGCCCAGUUAACUGCAGAGAUUGAGUUGUUACCAAGUACUGAGAACCGAAAAUGGCAGCGUCCACCCAUCUCCAUGAACUUUGAGGUAGCAUACGCCCCCUCCGGUCUCAAGGUCCGUUACCUGAAAGUGUUUGAGCCCAAACUCGGGUACAGCGACCAACAAACGACUAAAUUUAUCCGUUACAUCGGGCGAGCGGGACUGUACGAAGUGAGAGUGUAGAGGCGUGAGAGCAGGGUUAUAGGUCCCCUACGCGCCCUCUGGAUUAAAGGUACGAUAUCUCAAAGUUUUUGAACCGAAGCUGAACUACAGCGACCACGAAACUGUCAAGUGGGUUCGAUACAUCGGAAGGAGUGGUCUUUACGAGACACGCUCCUAAUUAACCAGUUAGUUCAUCAAUUAGUUAAUUAGCUUAGAAUUCAAUUAACUUUCUUUCAAUUUUCAUGCAACACAAAUAUGAUCCGAUAUUGCUUUUUAAAUUUUCUGCUUUAAAACACGAUUAUUAUAUGCUAUGGUCGUAGAUUUAGAUUAGAUCCUUCUUUUCUAGGAGAUAUCUGCCUUUAUCAGUGGCUUUUGAAUUAAUUUUUCACAUUUUUUUUGAGUUUGAUAAUCAUGAAUUUUAGUUGGUGAAACAGUUUUGUACUAUACUUUAUUAUUGAAUGGUUAAGAAUGCAACCACAUUUCUUUCAAUCGUUUGACAACUUUAAUUUAGGCGGGUGAUAAUCAUGAUUUACAUGCAUGUGUUAUGUGGUAAUAUA